AUGACAGCUCUUCGCACGACCGAAUCGUCAUCGCUAAGCCGCCCUGCCACCGCUGCCAGCACUUUGUCAGGCAGCGCUGACCUCCCGCCUAGCGCUUCCACAACGGCCCUUCGCACGGCCGAGUUAUCGUCGUCCACUAGUACCGCCACCGCUGCCAGCACCUCGUCAGGCAGCGUAAACCUCCUGCCUAGCGUCUCAACAGCGGCCCUUCGCACGUACCAGCGCUCAUCGUCCAGUCGACCCAAUCGGCAGUGCUUCGCACAUCCUCGUCACUAUCCUCAAGCCGCCCCGCCACCGCUACGAGCAGCUCGUCAGCAUCUCGUCAGUCGCGCUACUAUUAUCGCCAGCACUUUGGCCCUAACGGUGGCCCAUCGCACAUCCUUAUCCUCGUCGGGCCUGAACGACGGCCCUUCGCACAUACUUGUCCCCGUCGCCAAGCCGCCCCGCCACUUGUUCGAUGAUCCCUGGCGGAAUUGA